UACGAUUAGUAUUUCGGAAUUUAUAACAGUUUCCGGUUUUGUUUUUUUAUUUUUCAAGCGCAGAAUUGAGUUAGAUUACAGUCAACAUGAGCGACGGCAAAGAAAAAGACAAGAAACCUGAUUUAGGUUUAUUAGAAGAAGACGACGAAUUUGAAGAAUUUCCAGCAGAAGACUGGACUGGUGCUGAUGAGGAAGAGGAAGAUGUGAACGUGUGGGAAGAUAACUGGGAUGAUGACAAUGUGGAGGAUGAUUUCUCAUCACAACUCAGGGCAGAAUUAGAGAAGCAAGGCAAGACCAUAGAAGGCCAGGAACCUAUGAAAACUUAACAAAUAACACGUCCAUGUUCAAAAAACAUUUAGAAUCAUCACCUUGUAUAUGUUGUAUCUAAAGUAAAUCAUCUGUAAAACA